AGUCGCGACUGUGAGCGACGCUCUCUUCUAGUGAAAUCUCGAGUGCCCUGGGAGGGUGACAUUGGUCGGCGCGCUAUCCUCAGCUCCGUCUUGUUUGUUUCCGGCUCAGUAGGUCAUUUUACCACCUUCACCAGGGCAGACCUUUCUCGGUUAGAGGCGGCACACCGGUACUCAGCAUGGCCCAGGCAGCCCAGAGACUGGUCAAAGCUGUGACCACAAAGACUCCAAAGCUCGUAGGCGGUAAGUUUUAUAGGGACAGGGUUUAUAUAGCAGCAUGGUACAGGGAUAAUACAGGGAGGGCCAGACAGGACAGCAAUAAUGGGGAUAAUACAGGGAGGGCCAGACAGGACAGCAAUAAUGGGGAUAAUACAGGGAGAGUCUGACAGGACAGCAAUAAUGGGGAUAAUACAGGGAGGGCCAGACAGGACAGCAAUAAUGGGGAUAAUACAGGGAGGGCCAGACAGGACAGCAAUAAUGGGGAUAAUACAGGGAGGGCCAGACAGGACAGCAAUAAUGGGGAUAAUACAGGGAGGGCCAGACAGGACAGCAAUAAUGGGGAUAAUACAGGGAGGGCCAGACAGGACAGCAAUAAUGGGGAUAAUACAGGGAGGGCCAGACAGGACAGCAAUAAUGGGGAUAAUACAGGGAGGGCCAAGCAGACAGCAAUAAUUGGGAUAAUACAGGGAGGGUCUGACAGGACAGCAAUAAUGGGGAUAAUACAGGGAGAGUCUGACAGGACAGCUCAGGAACUCACACUGCAAUAAUGAGUAUAGUUUAAGGAGGGAAUGACAGGACAGCUCAGGGACUCACACUGCAAUAAUGGGGAUAAUACAGGGAGGGCCUGGCAGGACAGCUCAGGGACACACAAAGUAAUAAUGGGGAUAAUACAGGGAGGGCCUGGCAGGACAGCUCAGGGACACACACAGCAAUAAUGGGAAUAAUACAGGGAGGACCUGACCGGACAGCUCAGGGACUCACACUGCAAUAAUGGGGAUAAUACAGGGAGAGUCUGACAGGACAGCUCAGACACACACACUGCAAUAAUGAGUAUAAUUUAAGGAGGGCCUGACAGGACAGCUCAGGGACUCACACUGCUAUAAUGGGGAUAAUACAUGGAGGGCCUGGCAGGACAGCUCACGGACACACACACCGCAAUAAUGGGGAUAAUACAGGGAGGGCCUGGCAGGACAGCUCUGGGACACAUUAAUGGGGAUAAUACAAGGAGGGCCUGUUAGGACAGCUCAGGGACUCACAUUGCAAUAAUGGGGAUAAUUCAGGGAGGGCCUGACAGGACAGCAAUAAUGGGGAUAAAACAGGGAGGGUCUGACAGGACAGCUCAGGGACACACACACAGCAAUAAUUGGGAUAAUACAGGGAGGGUCUGACAGGACAGCAAUAAUGGGGAUCAUACAGGGAGGGCUAGACAGGACAGCAAUAAUGGGGAUAAUACAGGGAGAGUCUGACAGGACAGCUCAGGAACUCACACUGCAAUAAUGAGUAUAGUUUAAGGAGAGCCUGACAGGACAGCUCAGGGACUCACACAGCAAUAAUGGGGAUAAUACAGGGAGGGAAUGACAGGACAGCUCAGGGACUCACACUGCAAUAAUGGGGAUAAUACAGGGAGGGCCUGGCAGGACAGCUCAGGGACACACAAAGCAAUAAUGGGGAUAAUACAGGGAGGGCCUGGCAGGACAGCUCAGGGACACACACAGCAAUAAUGGGAAUAAUACAGGGAGGACCUGACAGGACAGCUCAUGGACUCACACUGCAAUAAUGGGGAUAAUACAGGGAGGGACUGGCAGGACAGCUCAGGGACACACACAGCAAUAAUGGGGAUAAUACAGGGAGGGCCUGGCAGGACAGCUCAGGGACACACACAGCAAUAAUGGGAAUAAUACAGGGAGGACCUGACAGGACAGCUCAUGGACUCACACUGCAAUAAUGGGGAUAAUACAGGGAGGGCCUGGCAGGACAGCUCAGACACACACACUGCAAUAAUGAGUAUAAUUUAAGGAGGGCCUGACAGGACAGCUCAGGGACUCACACUGCUAUAAUGGGGAUAAUACAUGGAGGGCCUGGCAGAACAGCUCACGGACACACACACACCGCAAUAAUGGGGAUAAUAGAGGGAGGGCCUGGCAGGACAGCUCUGGGACACAUUAAUGGGGAUAAUACACGGAGGGCCUGUUAGGACAGCUCAGGGACUCACAUUGCAAUAAUGGGGAUAAUUCAGGGAGGGCCUGAAAGGACAGCAGUAAUGGGGAUAAAACAGGGAGGGUCUGACAGGACAGCUCAGGGACACACACACAGCAAUAAUUGGGAUAAUACAGGGAGGGUCUGACAGGACAGCAAUAAUGGGGAUCAUACAGGGAGGGCCAGACAGGACAGCAAUAAUUGGGAUAAUACAGGGAGGGUCUGACAGGACAGCAAUAAUGGGGAUCGUACAGGGAGGGCCAGACAGGACAGCAAUAAUGGGGAUAAUACAGGGAGAGUCUGACAGGACAGCUCAGGAACUCACACUGCAAUAAUGAGUAUAGUUUAAGGAGGGCCUGACAGGACAGCUCAGGGACUCACACAGCAAUAAUGGGGAUAAUACAGGGAGGGAAUGACAGGACAGCUCAGGGACUCACACUGCAAUAAUGGGGAUAAUACAGGGAGGGCCUGGCAGGACAGCUCAGGGACACACAAAGUAAUAAUGGGGAUAAUACAGGGAGGGCCUGGCAGGACAGCUCAGGGACACACACAGCAAUAAUGGGAAUAAUACAGGGAGGGCCUGACAGGACAGCUCAUGGACUCACACUGCAAUAAUGGGGAUAAUACAGGGAGGGCCUGGCAGGACAGCUCAGACACACACACUGCAAUAAUUAGUAUAAUUUAAGGAGGGCCUGACAGGACAGCUCAGGGACUCACACUGCUAUAAUGGGGAUAAUACAUGGAGGGCCUGGCAGGACAGCUCACGGGGACACACACCGCAAUAAUGGGGAUAAUACAGGGAGGGCCUGGCAGGACAGCUCUGGGACACAUUAAUGGGGAUAAUACAAGGAGGGCCUGUUAGGACAGCUCAGGGACUCACACUGCAAUAAUGGGGAUAAUUCAGGGAGGGCCUGACAGGACAGCUCAGGGACACACACAGCAAUAAUGGGGAUAAUACAGGGAGGGCCUGACAGGACAGCUCAGGGACACACACUGCCAUAAUGGGGAUAAUACAGGGAGGGCCUGACAGGACAGCUCAGGGACACAAACUGGAUUAGUAAGACUAAUACAGUGAGGGCUUGAUGGGAGCUCUCUAGGACUCGCAUUGGAAUAAUUAAGGUAAUGCAGUGAGGGUCAGAUAGGACAGCCAGGGAGACACUGGAAUCAUGAACGUAAUCCUUUUAUUAUUUAUUUAUUUGAAUUGCAGCUGAAUGGGAACAUACCUCUAUUUUAAUGCAUAAAAAAAAAAAAGGAUACAUUUAAAGUUCAAUGCAGAUGUGCAGUUUAGUUGGUCUAUUCUUUGAGGAUAAACUACUUAUACCAUAAACCUCUCCGUGGGUCCGCAGGAGUUUAUGGGAUAAGUAGUUUAUCCUCAAAGAACAGGUUUACUCAUCUUUUAGGAUUAGUGAUACUGCCCUGCAAAUUUAAAGCGGCCACACCACAGCUACUAUCAGUUUGCACACAGUGCAAUUCAAGUUCUGUGCAUUGAUUCUGAGCCACAGACUGUACUGCCUUGUGAAGAAAGAGAGCUCCGUUUGUAUUGUGCACAACUUUGACAAAAUUUGCAUUUCCGCUGCCUGACUGACAGCUCAGAGCUUAGGGAAUGACAGGACAUUGUCAUUCCUGUCAUAGAGGGCAGGGAUGUCCAGGUGCCUUUUUUUACAAAAUGUGGGUCUCUGGCACUUUUGCCUCCCAGUUUUUGUCCCUCUCUGCUAUAUAAGGAAUGAUUAGUUGGAUAGUCGAAUGGCACUCUCAGCUUGUCACUGACCAUUGCCAAAGAGUUUAACCCCUGAAGGUUAGAGGGUGCCCAGAUCAUUUAAGUUGGCUUAAGUUGUUAUGAGGUUGGGUGCAUUCCCUUAAUGUGUUAUACAAAUAUAUCUUUAAAAAAAAAAAGUAGAUACUCUCAUCGUCGGCUGUAAAUUCCCAGAGUCUGCAGGCACCAGAAGGUGACAGUCUUCCGCCAAGAUAUAUGGAUAAUAACCUUCACAGUAAAGUACCUUUGGAGUUUUUUUGGGGGAAUCUAAUUUUCGUUUGAAAGGUUCUCGGUCAUUCUCUUACAUUUGUAAUCAUGUCUCCUGUUUUGCAGCUGCUGUUGCCUACUCAAAGCCUCGCCUUUCCACAUUCUGGCAUUAUGCACGUGUUGAGCUUGUCCCACCAAGUCCAGCAGAGAUUCCAAAAGCCAUCGAAAGCAUCAAGGGAUUAGUAAAAUCUUUCCAGAGUGGACGUCUAUCUCAGCUCACAGUCAGGGUAAGUAACUGUUGCUUAAAUAGAUCUAAUUGUAUGUGUAUUUUCGUAUACAUUGAAGAUUGUUUUUUUUUGAGGUUGGUAAAUAUAGCAGCAGUGAGAAACUGAGCCAAAGAAUACAUUGGUAAAGCAUUUACCAUAUUUAAUGCAAAGUAAGGUACACUGUUGAUAUUAGGCAGGAGGCGGGCUAAAGGAACAUUGCAAAUUAUUUCACAAAUAACUGACGGUUGUGUAUAAAUAUUGGCAACAAUUGCUUAAUUUGGAUGUGUUUUUACUUUUGCAGCUGUAUGGUAUGUAUACAGUUGUCUCAAUGGACUUGAAAUGUGAGACUUUAUUGAUUCUCACAUUUGCUAUUUGUUCCUACGUUACAGAGAAAGCAAAAUUUAGAAUGUAAGAAUCUGUCGUUCGAUAGCAUGCCUGCUUUACAUAUAAUCUCACAAUAUAAAUAACUUUUUUUCCUAUUUUGGUGCUGUGAGCACACAGGAAUGAGUUCCUGAUUAGAAUAUUAAUGCAUACAAUUAGCUAGUAUUUAAGUGCAGGCACUAAUUGUAUUGUAACUGCCAAAUGUUCUCAAUGAAACUUUAUAUGUGUUUAAUUUUAAACUUUUCAAAUAAUUUUGUUUCUUACAGGAUGCCCUGAGAAAUGGUGUAGUAGCUACUGAGGUCCUUAUGUGGUUUUACAUUGGAGAGUGCAUUGGAAAAGGAAGCCUUAUUGGGUACAAUGUCUAAGAACUUUCAUAAUUUCUCCUUCAUUAAACAUUGGCUUUUGUGACCUGUAACUUUUACAUCCUGGACUUAAUAAAUGCAAGAGUGAGAGAAACACUCUGCCUAAUAUUGAUUUUUGUCUUUUUUUUUUUUAUUAUUUCUUUUUUUUUUUUCCUCCCCCACUUCCCUUAUUCCGUCACUUUCAUAGAAUGCAAAACCAUAUCCAUUCACUACCACAUUGGUAAUAAAUGCAUCAAAAUAUUUUGGUACGCUAUUUAUUUAAAAGAUGCCGCUUCCUCGUCUGUGUGAGGUAUCUCAAGAAAUAACAGCUUUGUCAUUGCUUCAUCAAAGCCACUGGAAUCUUCUGAAGUACUUCCCAAAGAGAUUAAUGUGUUUG